CGCCAAUUUUGCGCGGAGUACGAGCGUCCCAGUCUCAUCAGCACAACGAGACGAGACAGGGUAAACGCCUCAAACCCGGCCAGCGACAUUAAUCAACGAUGGCGUCGGUCGUGCGAUCGACAGCCCUUCGCGCUGGCGGCGCGUGCGUGCGCUGUCGAAAAGGCAAGACCAAAUGCGUCUACGAGAACGGCAGAUCACCUUGCAAGAAUUGCGCAAAAGGCAUGCAUGAAUGUUAUUUGCCUUCCGAGUCCAUGAGUCACGGCGGCCACGGAGUGUCACCUGCGCGUGUCCACCACCAGCGCGUGCGCGAGUCCCUGCCUAGUGAGCGGGUUGUCUCGAGUACCUCGGUCGACCGACAGGCGCCGCCCCCCUCGAGUCUGUCGCGUCACGUCCCGACGACGACUGAAAAGCUUACUCCGGAGUUACUUCAAGAAGCCGAGCGUGUCAUCUCGAAGACGCUGCCCGCAUGUGUGGCCUUCCACAAGCCGUCGUUCCUUCAGCAGCUCAAGAAUGCUUCUAUGGACCCUACCAUGGUCAAUGCUCUGCUUACGACCGCUGCCAGGCACUCCCCAGCCAUGAUUCGUCGAUACGGUGGUCACGGCGGUGGCUCCGCCGCCGCCGAACAUUUCGCCAGCAAGACAAUCAGCCUCAUCAUGCAGGCUCUGGAUCAGCCCAGCCUUGCCGAUAUUCAGGCCCUUUGCCUGCUCGUCAUCCAUGAGUGGGGUUGCCGCAAUGCGGUGCGCGCCUACGUCUACCUAGGCCAAGCUGCGCGCAUGGCGCAGAUGUAUCGCGUUGUCCACACCCACCAUCAGCAACCCGACCCGGACCAGUUCCUGCAGGACGAGUCUUUCCGGCGCACUCUGUGGCUGAUUUACAUCCUUGACUGUUUCCUCACCAGCAGUCCGGGUCGCCACCCCGCUCUGUCGUCGCAUGAUGUGAAGGAUGUGUCAUUGCCAUGCCCCGAUAUGAACUACCACUUCGGAAGUCCGGUUUAUGUUCGUUCCCUGAACGACGCUUCACCGUCGGCCAUGGCGGAUCCGAACGGCACCCUCGCCGAGGUUGGUGAGUUUGGCCAUAUUGUGUUGGCAACCAAGGCUUGGCGCAACGUGGUUGAGAUGAUGACGACGACCACGUUGGAGACCUUCUCGGAGGAGCAGUGCGUGGCGCUCGAGCAGCAGAUCGAUCUUCUGCGCCAGUCGCUGCCGCUGCAUUUUGCCGACAAGCCUGGCCAGAUCAACCUGCACAUCACGAUGGGCAGCGGUUAUACGUACGCCAUGAUUCAUUCGCUCCUUAACUGCGGCACCAUCUUCGUGAACCGUCGCCGCAUUCUCCAGGCCGUCACAGAGGAGAACUUUUCCGUCGAGGCCUGGCGCCUAUCUUCGCAUGCUCACGGGCAGGCCGUCGACCGGAUCUUUGCCGCAUCGCAUAGCAUCAUUACCUCCCUCCUGGCGCUGGAACACGGUGCGGAUAAAGACAGCAUCCUCUGCUUCCCCAUCUUCAUGCUCUUCUCGGCCUUUACCGCCGGUUCCACUGUCGCCUAUCUCACCCUCAAGGGUCUCGCCCCGCCCGACGUUACCGAGUCCGCUUCCAGCAUUGUUCGUGAUAGUCUGAGACUCUGCCAGGAGGGCUCUGAGUCUUGGCCAUUGGUUCUACCCUGGCAACGACACCUCUCUGUCAUGUCGAAGGUCUUGCGCGAGGUGAAUAGCGUCCCCCGUGACAUCCGCGAGCCGCGUGAGGAUAGUAAGCCAGCCCACCGUGUUUCGCCCUCGGUCAAGGACGACGUUGUCAGCCAGGCCGACACCAACCCGGACCCCAUGGAGUAUGAUCAGACGACGUCCUCUGCGUCGCAUGCUCCACUUCCGGCUGGGGUGGACGGCCGAGACAGCGAACCUUCUGUCCCCAGAAGGUCCGGUGUCACGACGAUCAGCGGUGGAUCCGCAGGUGCUUCAACCCCGGCCACGGCUAGCCCUCCGCCCCAGAGCCUCGCUCCCAAGGCGGACUCACCCGGUGCGGCGUCGUCGGCUUCCGUUAGUGGUAUUCCCCAGGCACCACAGCCAGGCCCGGAUGUCGACAUGUCGGCCAUGGAGCUUUGUGCGGCGUUUGAGAGACAGCUUCUCGAGCUUGAUGACCUGGCCGCGUUUAUGGGAGGUGGAGUUGCUCCUAGUUAGGUCACGACGCAGUUGCGAUGAUCAUGCCUCCCUAUUACAAUAAUUCGCCAUUCUAUUCAUCCCUUGCGUUCUCUUCACUCUCGCAUCGGGUGCCACCGAGAAGCCUUUGCUCUGUACCAUCUUGAUUUUUAGGCACCUUGGAGGAGAUGCUCCGAAAUAGUCUGCUCUUGGACGGAGACAGGGAGAAUGGUUCCAUCCUACUUGUAACACUAACUGUUGUCUAUUUGCCUCU